UUUUUUUGACGACCAUUUGCUUUCGUCAAUCGUCGUUUCUCUUUGCCUUACUUAUUCAUUCAUUCACUACCUCGCUAGUUCUGUGCUCUAUCUGACCUUAGCAGUACUAGUCGCCGAAGGGUUUUGUCGUACCAGGGAUAGAGGAUAGACUGGAAGAUUGAUCUUGAUUUCUACACCAAUGGUCUUGGUUUGGGAUGCACAGUAUUUACGCUAAUCUGAUCGUGAAGGGGCUCCCAGAAGACGUGCAAACACGUUGUCGGUGAUGGGUUUGACUUGGCAAUCGUGGUCUCUACUCCACGUGUUCUUCUUUAUCACGUUCAUGGCCAGCGGCUUGUUCAUUAAUGGCGUUCAGUUUCUCCUCCUUCAUACCGUGGGUCACAUCUCCAUGGAUGCAUACAGACGGAUCAAUUUCUACUUGGUCUGGAUUCUUUACUCACAGCUACUGUUCUUGGGUACAUGGUGGGCCGAUUCCAAGAUGACCCUCCACGUCAAAGCUGAUCAAUGGGACGACAUUCAGGCCCACAUUGGUCACGAGCAUGGGUUAAUUGUGAUGAAUCAUCACUACGAGAUUGAUUGGUUGAGUGGUUGGAUGGUGGCCGAUCAUUUUGGCGUGUUGGGCAAUGCUCGCGUAUUCAUCAAAUCGACCAUGAAGUACAUGCCCGUUCUCGGAUGGGCCUGGGCCAUGAGUGAUGUGGGAUUUCUGCACCGCGAAUGGGAGCGCGACAAAGAUGAGAUCUCCCGAUGCGUUCGGGACAUUCAAGAAUAUCCGGACCCGGCUUGGUUGUUACUGUUUCCAGAAGGCACUCGUAAAACUGACCUCAAGCUCAAGGAAGGUCAAGAGUUUGCCAGAUCUCGGAACAUGGAACCUUUCCAACAACACCUCGUGCCCAAGACCAAAGGCUUCGUGCAAACCCUGUCAACAUUAGAUCCUCAAAAAAUGCCGUGCAUUUAUGACGUGACGCUCGCCGUUAAAGGUAAUGCUGGUUCACCUCCCACUUUGUCGACUAUCCUCAAAGGAAGACGAGUCGAGGCUCAUGUUUACGUGGCGAGGAUUCCUAUCACCCCUGAGAUUCAAGCAGAUCCCACUACUUUCUUAAUGAAUCAAUUCCGAUUCAAGGACGCUAUCAAAUCUCGGUUCAUGGAGGAAGGAAAAUUCGUGGAUGAGUCUCUUUUCAUUGAGACAAAGCGUCAUCUCAGAGUUCUCGUAACGUUUGUUCUCUGCAACGUCAUGAUGUUAGGCGCAUGGUUCAUGUUGCUUUCCAGUGCUUGGUUCUGGUCAUCAUGGGCACCGAUUGUGGUGGUCGUCAUAAUUUUCUCAGUCUUGUAUUACGUGAUGAAGAAAAUGAUUUCGGCCACUGAAAUACGGAAGAAACACGAUUGAUCUCUGUCCGUGCAUAAGACUCGAGCCUUUCAAAAAAUGCAAUUCCAAAAAAUGACCGUAGACAUCAAAGA